UGCUUCACAGUGGAUUAGCCCACAGGGGUCAGGGGUCAUAGCCGUCAAAACAAGUUGAUUCAUUUUGCACAAAGAAGCAUGUCAGCGGCAGGCAAAGAGAGUAAAAGAGUUCUAAUGGUUGGUCUGCUGUGUCAAGAUAUUCUGAAUCUGGUAGAUCACUAUCCGACGGAGGAUGAGGAUGUUAGGUGUGUAAACCAGUUCUGGCAGAAAGGUGGGAAUGCAGCCAACAGUGCCUGUGUCCUGUCCAGCCUGGGAGAGACCACCGAGUACCUGGGCACAGUGUCCUCCAGGGCUGAGGGAAGUUCAGCCUUGAAGGAGAUGCAGACUUUUGGUGUGCUAACAGAACAUGUGGUGUACUCUGACUGCCCCAUACCAACCUCCUGUGUCAUCAUCAACACACAGACUGGCUCCAGGACGAUAAUUCAUGGAACCAGGAACAUGGCAGAAUUGACAGCAGAAGAUUUCAGCAGUCUGGACCUUACUCAGUAUAGAUGGAUUCACUUUGAGGGCAGGAACACUAUAGAAGUUUGCAAGAUGAUGGAGAUUGUUGAAGAUUUCAACAAGAAAGUGGUAAGCCCAGAUGAUGUCAUCACACUGUCCACUGAGUGUGAGAAGUCUAAGUACAACAUGGGAGACCUCUUUCCUAAAGUAGAUGUGCUGUUUGUGUCCAAAGAAUAUGCAGAAAGCUGUGGUUUUGCCAGUGCAAAGGAAACAGUAAAGAAACUGCUGAAAAGGGUAAAGAAAGGGUGUACUGUCCUAUGUGCAUGGGGUGACCAGGGAGCUGAUGGCAUCACACCUGAGGGAGCACACUACCAUUGCCAGGCCUUCCCUCCAGAGAAGGUGGUGGACACCCUGGGUGCUGGGGACACGUUUAAUGCUGCUGUGAUCUGGGGCCUCUGUAGGGGCACUGGGUUGGAGGGAGCACUCAGGAUGGGAUGCAGAAUAGCAGGGCAGAAAUGUGGACAGUUUGGAUAUAAAAAUCUGCACAGCUGAUAAAUACAUAUUUGCAACUUCACAUUUCACACAAUGUGGAAAGAAAAAAAAAUAUUUUUAAUGGAUGAAAUCUACCUUAAUCUUUCCAA